AAAAAAAAAAAAAUAUCAGAAGAGAUAAAGAAAGUGAGGCUAAGCCAAAUAGACUCUGAAAAUCAAGAAGAUAUAAAGAAACCAAUAAAUGGCAGCGGCAGCUUCCACUUCAAUGGCGGCCACCGCCGUGUUGAUGCACCGCCUCCCGGCGACAAUUAACGGCGUCGUUUUCUGCCCUUUUCCCCAACGUCCUUCUCUCUCGUCUGCCCCGCUCAAACUGCUCAAAGAGUCCGGGAGGUCCUCUCAGUUCCUAAUCAAAGCCACAUCAUCUGAGGAGAGCGCUAGUGCUGUUGAUGCCAAUGAAUUGUUCAAUGAGCUGAAAGAAAAGUGGGAUGCAGUUGAAAACAAGACAACAGUGAUUAUAUAUGGCGGUGGUGCUAUUGUUGCCGUUUGGCUAGCUUCCGUUGUUGUUGGUGCUGUCAACUCAGUUCCUUUGUCGAGUAGAAAAGAAUUGGCAUCGGACAUAGAAGCACUGAAAAAGAAGAUUGCUGAAGCAGAAUAAGAAUGCACUGCCACGAUAUUUUCUUCAGUCUGUCGAAACCCCGGAUUUGCCUAACUUCCGUAUAUUUUGUGUAAGAGGGAUCAUAUGCCGUUGUAUUGCAUUUGAAAAUAAUGCUUCUUUGAUUUAUGCAUAUUGUUUUAACGAAAUCCCACAUUGUCUAUAAUAACAUAUCAGUGCUUUCACAUACACAAGAAUCAUAGCAUUAUCCAAUAUGAUUAAAAAAAAAU